AAUGAAGUCUUUCGUGUGUCGCCUAAUAAUUGUCUUCGCCUUUUUCGGCUCACUUGAAUGCUUAUACAGACCAGAUUACAAGACGCAUCCAUGUAUAAGGGAAUGCAAUGGGACUUCGAUGACUUGCGAGUACGAGUUUUACUUUGAAUGGAUCUUCACCAACGGCGUGGAAUGCGGAAAUUGCUCGACACAGCAGAACAUGACGGAUUGCCAGAAUCCCGAUUGCGUGGUGGCGGAUGGCGUACAGAAUUUGAUCAACGUUUACAACAGGAUGAUGCCCGGUCCGAUGAUAGAAGUGUGUCACGGGGACAGUAUCGUUGUUGAUUUUUACAACGAGAUCAACGACGAUGCGACUUCAGUCCAUUGGCACGGGAUGCAUCAGAGGAAUACGAAUUGGAUGGACGGCGUUGGUGGUGUCACGCAAUGUCCAGUCACACCGAACGCCCUUUUCCGUUACGAUUUUGUAGCCGAUCCUGCUGGAACACAUUUCUACCAUUCGCACAUGGGUUCGCAGAGAGUUAACGGGGCCAUUGGACCUUUGAUUGUUAAACUACCUGAAAGUGAUAAUCCCCAUGCGGAUUUGUACGAUUUUGAUCUUUCUGAGCACGUUAUUAGCGUCCAAGAUUGGUACGUAUACGACGCAAACAGGAUCUUCUACAUGGAAUACAGAUUGGGCGAAAUAAUUGAUCCGUCAAAGGUUUCCGCUAUUCUGGUCAACAAAUUCGGUUAUAACCAAGCGAAUAACAAUAUACCAGCAGCUAGAUUUAACGUAGUAAAGGGUAACAGAUAUCGUUUUCGUAUAAUCAACGUGGGUUACCGCGUUUGCCCAAUUCAAGUGCAAAUCGACAAACAUAACUUGACCAUCAUCAGUUCCGACGGUUUCGACUUGAAGCCAAUUACUGUUGGUUCAUUUGUUAUCAAUGUCGCGGAAAGAUACGAUUUCGUCUUGAAUGCUGAUCAAGACGAGGGCGGAUUGUACUGGAUGAGGUUUAAUGGGUCAAUUGACUGUGGUGGAACCGAAGGCGCCGCAGUUUUAUCCUAUGCAGAGAAUCCAAAUAUCGGCGAUGUCACGCUUCCACCAAUAACUGAACAAACAGAUCAGAUACCGAUAUUGAAUUGCAUCAAUGACUUUCCGGCGUCACCUGAUUGCAUCGAGAUACCACAGACAAGAUCCGUGGAUCCACCUCCAGAGCGUUUAACUGCAACAGCACCUUUUCGCUAUUACUUGACCUUUGACGUGUUUAAUUACGCGUUGGCCGAAUACGGAGGUCCCGGCUUUGACCCAAACAAGACGACACCGACUAUUAACAACAUUUCAUUGAAAUUACCCAGCAAAGCGUUAAUAGAAACACCAAACAAUUUCGCGUUUUGCAACAACGAAAAUAAAACCAUUUGCCCGAAAAACGAGACGAUCUGCGAAUGCGUUCACGUCGUGAAGAUUCCUUUUAAUAAUACAGUUGAGAUCAUAUUGAUUGACAGCGAUAGCAGUAAUUACAAUCUCUCACAUCCGAUCCAUUUGCAUGGCUACGGUUUCCGGGUUCUCGGCCAGGAUUCUUUUGACUCGAUUUCCGUGGAGAGCGUGAAGGAAAUGGAUAGCGAAGGGUUGCUGAACAGGAACUUCGACAAUCCUCCGCUGAAAGAUGUCAUCACGAUUCCGGCGAAAGGCUACAUUAUCCUGAGAUUCAUAUCAGACAACCCAGGAUUUUGGUUCGUACAUUGUCACGUGGAGCAUCACCUGGAGGCUGGGAUGGGAUUGCUUCUGAAGGUCGGCGAUAAUUUCCAAGCUCUGCCUGAGAACUUUCCGACUUGCGGCGACUUUUAGGGAUGGUUUUCUAUCAAAUGUGCACACGCACAUAUAUACAAAUAUAAUUUAUUAAAUUAAGCGUUCUAUAAUAAAUAAAUCACUGAGG